AUGGAUCCAUCCCUUCACCUCCUGGACCCCAGAACUGCAGUCUGGGCUCUGCCAGGGGCUUACCUGCAGCUUUUUGGCUGGAUUGCUAGGGAGGCUGGAGGAAGCUUGGGUCAGCUGGUACCUUCCUCACUUCUCUCUUCCAGGUUUGCCCAUGUUUUCCUGGAGCCUGGGACAUUUGUCUUCAGGGACAGCUCCGUUCAGGAACGCUUCCUGAUUGUGACAGUGAACAAAGCCAAUGUGAGCUGUGACCCUGGGGACGUGUCCUUCCAGCCCUCCUCCCUGUUCCAGCUGGCCAGACACGGCAUUUUGAAGCAGCAGCAUCUGCACUUGGCUCCCAACUGGGCUGCAAUCACAGCAAUCCUCUUUGUCCUGGGCUUCCUCGUGCUGGUGCUGACCACCCUGGCCAUCGUGUUCCAGUCUGCUGGCCCCAAAAUUAGCCCCCUAAAGAGCUGGAAGCCACGAUGGAGGAGCCUGGGGGAGCCCCACGUCCCACCAGAGUACAUCCUCCUUAAGGACAGCCUCAAGUUCUAUCAGAUGCUUGGUCCUCGUGGAUCUGGAGCAGAUGCUGGCUCUGGAGAGAGAGGAGCAGUGCCCAGUGCAGGUGCAGUAUUUUGA